CAGUCUGCAGAUAUCUGGGAAACUAUUUUAGAAAGUGCAGAGAGAGAUGGGAGGAGAUAAGGGUCCGGUAUGCGUUACAGGUGGCACAGGGUUUAUAGCAUCAUGGCUCAUUAUGAGGCUCCUUGAUCAUGGUUACUCUGUCCGAACCACCGUGAGAUCUGACUCUGAGCAAAAGAAAGACACCAGCUUUCUUACGAGUUUGCCAGGAGCAUCAGAGAGGCUCCAAAUCUUCAACGCAGAUCUCAGUGAUCCACAGAGUUUUAAUGCACCCAUUGAUGGAUGCACCGGCGUCUUCCACGUUGCAACUCCGGUUGAUUUUGAAGACAAAGAGCCUGAAGAAAUAGUUACAAAAAGAGCAAUCGAUGGAGCGCUGGGUGUCUUACAAGCGUGCUUAAAUUCCAAGACUGUGAAGCGAGUUGUAUAUACUUCCAGUGGAGCAGCUGUUGUAUUGAAUAGCAACCAGGAUGUGGAUGAAAUGGAUGAGAGCUUUUGGAGCGACGUAGAUUUGCUCAAAGCUUCAAAGCCAUCUAGACAUACGGGCUCCUACAUGAUUUCCAAGACAUCAACUGAAAGGGCAUCCCUUGAAUUUGCAGAAAAACAUGGAUUGGAUGUCGUAACCAUAAUUCCUUCCUUCGUUGUCGGACCCUUCAUUUGUCCAAAGUUCCCAAGCUCUGUUCGCACAAUGUUGGCUAUGAUCUUGGGUGACAAGGAUCAAUAUAGUCUUCUUCUCAAUACAUCAUUGGUCCAUGUAGAUGACGUGGCCAGAGCAUAUAUUUUUCUUCUUGAAUGUCCUACUGCAAAAGGAAGGUAUAUUUGUUCAUCAGAUGUUGUCACAAUUGAACAGAUGUCUCAAUUUCUGUCUGCUAGGUACCCAGAAUUUCAAAUACCAACAUUAGAUUCUUUGAAGGAAAUUAGAGGGUAUAAAAUACCGACUCUCUCAACAAAAAAGCUGUUAGAUUCUGGCUUCGAAUAUAAGUAUGGGAUCAAUGAAAUGUUCGACGAAGCUAUUCAAUGUUGCAAAGAGAAGGGUUAUCUCUAGUUCAAUGCUAAAUGAUGUGUGUGUCCAGGAUGAGAGGAGUCUAGAGGUCUUAUAGUCCAAUAAGGAACCAAAGUUCCAGAGCGGUGUCCAAAUAGAGUCCAUCUAGGAACCCUAUUCCUAGUUAAUUAGUCAUUUAUUCUAAUUCCUAAUUGAAUUAGAACUCUUUCUAUUUUAUUGCGGAGUCAGUCCUAGUUGAUAACAAGAGGGUCAGUAGAAGUCAAGUGUAUUUCUUACUCUUUUAUGUAAUCAACCUUAUCGUUCUCCUAUAAAAGGAAGAACUAUCAAUAAAGAGAAGUAUGUUUAGGUAUUCA